AUGUCUCUUGUGGGAAAUUUUGUUUCCAAUUACGACAACAGUGCCGGAAGGCAGGGUCCUGGGCUUCCAGGACAUUGUCGGAGGGAAUCGCAGGUUGACGACUCUCACACCACGUUGCGGACAAAGUCCCAAGAUGCCCGUCGGUCCUCAGAUAUUGAAGAUGUGUCAUUUCCAAGGCACGGCAGUGGCGAAAAGCGUCGCUCUAGCUCUGUCAGCAAAGACGAAAAACUGCCUGCCGAAAGUUGGGAUCAAUCCAGAAGUUCAGAGAACGAUGAGGGUGACGAGGGUGUCAGAUACCUGGCCCGACAGUUCUCACGGACGUCUACAAGGACCGAGAAUGCUAAUCCUUUCGCUGCCGCACCCGGUUCUUCCCUGGAUCCCACUUCUGACAACUUCCAAACCCGGGACUGGAUCAAGGCAUUAUUCAAUCUACAAUCAAAAGACGAUCGGUUUCUUGCCAGAACUGCUGGCGUAGCAUUCCGCAAUCUCAGCGUACAUGGGUUCGGGUCUGCCACCGACUACCAAAAAACAGUCGGCAACGUCCCUUUUCAAGCCGUCGGUUUAGUUCGCAAGUUGAUGGGCGUGGGACAACACAGAAUCGACAUUCUUCGCGGGUUCGACGGACUCGUAAACCAUGGAGAAAUGCUGGUCGUUCUGGGACCUCCUGGUUCGGGUUGUUCGACUUUCCUCAAGACGCUCGCCGGCGAGACCCACGGUUUCAACGUCGAUAAGGAUUCAUAUAUCAACUAUCAAGGGAUCGCUUUUGAGCAGAUGCACAAGCACUUCCGCGGUGAGGCAAUCUAUACCGCCGAACAAGAUGUCCAUUUCCCUCAGCUGUCUGUCGCUGAUACCCUUUACUUUGCCGCUCGUGCGAGAGCACCAAGAAAUCGUCCUGGAAACGUCUCAGCACACACCUACGCUUGCCACAUGCGAGAUGUCAUCAUGGCUACCUUCGGUAUUCGACACACCUUCAACACUCGAGUGGGUAAUGACUUCAUCCGCGGUGUCAGCGGUGGAGAAAGAAAGCGUGUCAGUAUCGCUGAGGCUGCCCUGAACAUGUCGCCUCUUCAAUGCUGGGAUAACAGUACCCGGGGCUUGGAUAGUGCUAACGCCAUAGAGUUCUGCAAAACCUUACGGUUAUCUACCGAAAUUCUCAGUGCCACGGCGGCAGUUGCAAUCUACCAGGCUCCCCAGGCUGCCUACGACAUCUUCGACAAGGUCAUUGUACUUUAUGAAGGUCAACAGAUCUAUUUCGGGAGGACCGAAGAUGCUAAAGAUUACUUCGUUCGCAUGGGCUUUCAUUGUCCAAAACGUCAGACUACAGCAGACUUCCUGACAUCUAUGACGAGCUCCGAUGAACGAAUUGUCCGCGAAGGUUUCGAGCACAAAGCACCGCGGACUCCCGAUGAAUUUGCAAAGGCGUGGAAAGAUAGUCCCGAACGUGCCAAGCUACUCGAAGAUAUCGAAGAAUUUGAUAAGAGACAUCCUCUUGGUGGAGAGGACUUGGACAAGUUCAAAGAAUCCAGAAGAUUGCAGCAAGCGAAGCGACAACGUGUGGCGUCACCGUAUACUCUGUCUUAUGGUCAACAGGUUAGGCUUUGUCUAUGGCGUGGGUUUCGCAGGUUGUUCGCAGACCCGAGUCUCACACUGACUUCAAUUAUCGGCAACAAUGUUUUUGCUCUGAUCAUCGGUUCGAUCUUUUACAAUCUCGACGGCACAACCAACUCUUUCUACUCACGCGGCGCCCUCCUGUUCUUCGCCAUACUUUUGAACGCGUUCAGUUCUGCCUUGGAAAUCCUCACUCUUUAUGCGCAACGACCUAUUGUCGAGAAACAUCAACGGUACGCGUUAUAUCAUCCUUCAAGUGAGGCUUUUGCGUCCAUGUUGACGGAUAUGCCUUACAAGAUCGCCAAUACGAUCAUCUUCAACGUCACCCUGUAUUUCUUGACCAACCUGAGGAGAGAACCUGGGGCAUUCUUCUUCUUUCUCCUCAUUUCGUUCACCUUGACUCUAGUCAUGAGCAUGCUAUUUCGAACUAUCGCCUCUGUCUCUCGAACCCUAAGUCAGGCUCUAGCACCAGCUGCCAUUCUCAUUCUAGCCAUUGUCAUCUAUACUGGUUUCGCCAUUCCGGUUAAUUACAUGCUCAGCUGGGCGCGUUGGAUCAACUACCUUGACCCUGUCGCCUACGGAUUCGAAGCCCUCAUGAUAAAUGAGUUCUCUGGACGCAAUUUCGACUGCGCCGUAUAUGUGCCAUCGGGUCCGGGAUAUUCCGAUUCGAACCGAGUUUGUUCAACAGUCGGGUCUCGUCCAGGUCAAACAUUUGUCAAUGGGGAUGACUUUAUCAACAGCAGUUAUAAGUAUUAUGCUUCCCACAAAUGGAGGAAUUUUGGCAUCUUGAUUGCUUUCAUGAUCGGCUUGUUCCUCACCUACCUGGUGUCGGCUGAAAUUGUCCAAGCCAAGAAGUCUAAGGGCGAAGUUCUGGUGUUCCGUCGCGGUCAGGCACCAGCUACAUUGAGGAUGAAACCUCAAGACGCGGAGACCGGCGACGUAACAUCAACCGUAAAGACGGAGAACAAUAAAGAUUCUAAGGAUAUGUCGACCGUCAUUCAGAGGCAAACUGCAAUCUUCCAAUGGCGCGAUGUUUGCUACGACAUUCCACUGAACGGUGGGCGACGUCUCUUGGACCACGUCGACGGCUGGGUCAAGCCUGGCACUCUGACUGCUUUGAUGGGUGUGUCUGGAGCUGGAAAGACGACGCUUCUGGAUGUCCUUGCUACUCGCGUCACUAUGGGAGUUAUUACCGGCGAGAUGCUAGUCGACGGUCGACAACGAGACGAAUCUUUCCAGCGCAAGACCGGCUACGUCCAACAACAAGAUCUUCACUUGGAGACCUCGACCGUUAGAGAAGCCCUGAGCUUUAGCGCACUCCUCCGUCAACCCGCACACAUCCCACGGCGGGAAAAGCUAGCGUACGUCAACGAGGUCAUCAAACUUCUCGAAAUGUCCGAAUACGCCGAUGCCGUCGUCGGGGUUCCGGGCGAAGGUCUCAACGUGGAACAACGUAAACGUCUAACCAUUGGUGUAGAGUUGGCAGCCAAACCGGAAUUGUUACUGUUCCUAGAUGAACCGACUUCUGGCCUCGAUUCGCAGACGUCUUGGUCUAUAUUAGAUCUCCUCGAGAAGCUGAAGAAAAACGGACAAGCUAUUCUCUGCACGAUCCACCAACCAUCAGCGAUGCUCUUUCAACGCUUUGAUCGACUCCUGUUCCUAGCCCAAGGUGGACGUACCGUCUACUUCGGCCCUGUAGGAGAAUCCUCUAGAACUCUAAUUAACUACUUUGAACGCAACGGCGCCCAUCGUUGCCCACCCGACGCGAAUCCCGCCGAGUGGAUGUUGGAGGUCAUCGGAGCUGCACCAGGCUCCCACACCGAGGUCGAUUGGGUCGAGACCUGGCGUACGUCGCCGGAAUACAGGGGGGUGCAAUCCGAACUCUCCCAAAUGAAGGCUGAACGUUGCCAACUCGCCCGAGCGACUUCGAACCGGGCUGACAAAGCCAGCUAUCGCGAGUUCGCUGCGCCCUUUUAUCAGCAGCUUUAUGAAGUUCUAAAACGAGUCUUUGAGCAAUACUGGCGCACACCUUCUUACAUCUACAGCAAAUUAUCUCUCUGUAUCGCUUCUGGUCUCUUUAUCGGCUUCUCCUUCUUCAACGCCAAAAUAACGCAACAGGGUCUCCAAAACCAGAUGUUCGGCAUCUUUAUGUUGAUGACAAUCUUCGGCCAGCUUGUGCAGCAAAUCAUGCCGUUGUUCGUGACGCAACGCUCACUCUAUGAAGUCCGCGAACGACCGAGUAAGACAUACUCAUGGCAGGCGUUUAUGAUGAGUAACAUCAUCGUCGAACUUCCUUGGUCUGCAUUCUGUGCCCUACUGAUCUUUUUCACCUGGUAUUAUCCAAUUGGCCUGUACAACAAUGCUGAACCGACCGAUACUGUCCGCGAGCGUGGUGCGUUGAUGUUCCUCCUUAUCUUGACCUUCUUGUUGUUCACGUCGACUUUCGCACACAUGGUUAUCGCGGCCAUCGAGACGGCCGAGACAGGUGGAAAUAUUGCCAAUCUAUGCUUCUCACUUACCUUGGUCUUCUGUGGAGUCCUGGUGGGCCCUAAGGCGCUGCCCGGUUUCUGGAUUUUCAUGUAUCGCGUCUCGCCGUUUACGUACUUGAUUGACGGCAUGCUCAGUACAGCUGUCGCACAUGCCAGUGUCACUUGCGCCACCAACGAGUAUCUCCAUUUCACCGCACCUUCAGGCCAAACUUGCGCAGAGUACAUGAGGUCUUACAUGGACUCGUUUGGUGGAUAUCUCCAGAACCCUUUGGGCACAGGCAACUGCAGUUACUGCCAGAUAUCGACCACCGACGCGUUCUUGGCCAGCGUCUCCUCACAUCCGCAGUACAUGUGGCGCAACUUCGGACUGAUGUGGCCAUACAUCGCAUUUAAUGUCAUUGGGGCCGUAUUCCUGUACUGGCUUGCGCGAGUACCGAAGCAUAUGAACAGGGGAAAGAAAGAAGUCGCCAGCCCUGGAGAGAGCAAAGAGGGAAGUGUACUAGAGGGACCUGUUGAUACUGUCAGUGGGGAAAAGAGAGAGGAGACGGAGACGGAGAAGGACGCAGGUGCAAGCACUGCUCUGCCGAUGACCGUGAAGUAG